UUCACACGUACAACAUUAAUUUAUCGAUUAUUUGGUUGCACAUCACUAGCAUUACACCGCUUUUAGUUAAACAAAAGUAAACAAAAUGACAAUUUUGUACAAAGUUGAAAGCCGGCGUGAAUUUGGUAAUGGCAAGGACAGCAGCGUCUUCCCGCACAAGGUCGUGCUGUGCGCCGUAUCCGCACGCAACAUAAUUGCAUUCAGCGCACUCCAGAGCCUCUCCAGUCACGUCUAUGUGUGCGACAUUGUGACACCCUGGCAGUACUACAAGGUGUGCACCUCAAAAUCGCUGAUCAAUGUUUUGGAGUGGAGUGCCAGCGGUGAGCAGCUGCUGCUGGGCUACAUUGGCGGCCGUGUGGAAAUCUGGCAACCUAAGGAGCAGGCGCUUAACGUCUGGCAGCUGCAUUACCAUGCCAACAUACCCAGCGAGGACAUCAUCCAAGCGAAGUUCUUUCACAACGGCAAAGGCGUCGUCUUCAAUACACAGAAAAAGGAUCAUACCUACUAUGCCGAGAAAUUUGAGAGACUCGAGCAGCGACCCACGUUAACCGGCUUUGGCGGCGUUGCCACCGAAGGUUGUAUACUGCUUAGCUCCUCCGGCCUGUUGGCCGCCUUCACGCUGCCCCAGCUGCAGAAGCUGGCGCCCAACAGCAACAGCGGUGUUGUACCAGAGCCGCCGCUCAGCAGCGUUAGUAACGAACAAAUCGAGCUGACGCCUGCCACGCACAGCAUUGGCAUUUCGCGCAGCUACAUCGAGCACAGCAGCAUUGUUCCCAGCGCUAGCGGAUCUCUCAACAUAGCCUACAGCAUUGGCUGGCAGCAGCAUCAGCAGCUGGUUCACUGCUUUAAGGUCUCAUUGCAGCUGGAGGGUGAACGCAUUGCUAUCAAGUCCGAGUCGCUGGCCAGCAUAUUUUUGAACACCACGCCCUCGCCGAUGGAGAGCAGACGCAUCACACAGCUGCUAUGGACGCGCGUGGCCAACGAGGAUGUCAUAUACGUGGUCUUUGGGUGUGCCGAUAGCGCCAGUUUGCUGGAGCAAUGGACGUUGACGCGACGCCAUCAGAAUGUGCACGCGCUGCUCCAGCAGUCGUCAGCCGUGCCAGCUAACAACAGCAAACCCGUUGACUAUGUACCAAGCGAAAGCUGGGAGCAGGUGGCCAAGCUGCAAUUGAAUGCACAAAUCUCGCAACUUUGCAGCUCGCGUCUCAUCGCCGCAGACUGUGAACAGCUGUAUGCCAUACUCCAAGAUAAUAGCGUGCAGGUGCUGGAGCCGGGCACGUUGAAGCAGCUGAAUCACACGCAGUUUGAACGCGAUGCGGAGACGAGAUUCGUGUGCGCCGACCUUACGCCCACCAGCCAGAUGCUGCUCAUCUUCGACAGCCACGCCCAGCUGCAUGCAAUGCAAACGCCCAUGCUGAAGCAAAAUGCGAGCACCAUGCAGCUGCUGCUGCUGCUGCUCGAGUACUGCAUUGUCACCGGAGUGGACGCUAGCGAUGUGCUGCUGCUUAAUCUGGGUAACCUGGAGGCGCUGGUGGAGAAGCUGACGGACAAUUUUACACGACAGCCAUCAUAUGUGCGUCAGUUCUACUAUGCCAACUUUUUGGCGCUGAAAAGCAAUCUGUGCCGUGCGCAGCAGCAGGAAUUCGAUAAUCUCAUCAUAUUGCACGCCAUCUCGAGCACAUUUAAGAGCCUACUGCGUCCCUCGGACUUGGGCUGUCAGGACAAGGGGCCGGCAGAUAAUUUGGCCAUGAAAUUGGCCGAAUCGGUGCCGGACGUGGACACGGUGUUGCUCAAUCUAGAUCCCAAGGACUUUACCGUGGAACCCAUGAUGCUGCAGAGCCUGCAACAGUUGAUCCAAUGGGUCACUGACCUGGCACUCAACAUGCUCAAUCGCCUGCCCGAGGAGGUCAUGAAGAGCAAGCUUUCCGGCAAGCGUGCCAGCUACGACAUCAGUCGCGACAUUGUAGCCAUUGGCAGUCUGCGCGAGUUGCUCGUCAUGAUUCGCAUUUGGGGACUACUCAAUCCGCAGUGCCUGCCUGUGUAUACCAAGACCAUGGACAAUAUCGAUGUGCUGGCCAUACUGUUCAGGCUGCUCACGCGGCUGGCACAAAAUGCCGCGGAGCCGGACGAGCUGCUGCUGGAUGAGUGCAGUCUGCUGUCCAAGCAGCUGCUCAUACCACAGCCGUCCAAAUACAAUCCGACAACACUGCUGAGCGCCCAGGGCUAUGCGGCUGUCAAAUCUGGACAGCUAACGUUCACCUCGCUGGUGGAGCCAGUCGGACUGCAGGACAUUGAAAUGGAGCAGGUCGUCUUUGCCAAUUGCGUCAAGGAUGGCGUCAGUAAUCUCCAACUGGGCGCCAAUCCCAGCACCAUAAGACGCUGUGCCCGCUGCGGUUUCGUCAACAGCGCCAACAAAGUGGCCAAAACGUCCGCACUGAAAGCCUGGUGCAACAAGUGGUUGCAUUGCCACUGUGGCGGCUUUUGGAAGCAAAUUAAUUAGUAUUAAAAGUAGAAUUAAAGAGCUCUAGUAUUUAAAUUAAUAAAAACAUAAAAUAAGGGUUAAAUAGAUUUUUCUAAAUAGAUGUACAUAAACACUGAAAACUCCCAAUCUCAGACAACUAAUCCCGCGGUGCUUUUGCCCGGUUAUGGGAAAUCUUAAAAAAAUGUAAUUAAUUAUUAUUCACCCAUAUAGCCAUUGCAAUUAAACUAAUGAAUAAUUUUA